GCGGUAGCGCGCUCCGUGUGGCGGAGUCCGGAGUGGGCCUUCCAAGAUUGAGAAUAUCAGUGGAGAGAGAUGACAACACUCUCCGUCCUCAACUCGCCGUCUUUUUAUCUCCGUGAUGGUCGUUGCAAAGACCACUAUUUCUCUGCUACAAACCGCUUUCUUCCACUUCGAUUCUCUAUUCGAUCUCAUCGACUGUCGUCGAGCAUUGUAGCUGCAGCAGCCAUGGAAGGCCAGCAGAGCGAGAAUAUUCCCAGCGGGGUAGUUCCGGCAAUGAAACUCUUGUUUGUCGAGAUGGGUGUUGGCUAUGAUCAACAUGGGCAAGACAUCACGGCGGCAGCAAUGCGGGCAUGCAGAGAUGCAAUCUCUUCCAAUUCAAUUCCUGCUUUCCGAAGAGGCUCCAUACCUGGUGUUGCAUUUGAUCAGAUGAAGCUUCAGAUCAAGCUUGGAGUUCCUAGACAACUCCAACAAUUUCUGGAUAUUGAGAGAGUUAAAUCUGUCUUCCCUUAUGGCAAAAUUUUGAAUGUUGACAUUGUGGAUGGUGGACUUGUAUGCUCAAGUGGUGUAUGUGUGGAAGAAAUGGGAGAUAAGAAUGAUGACUGUUAUGUUGUCAAUGCCGCAGUUUAUGUUGGUUAUUAGUCUUCUUUUCCCAUCUAUUUCAGAGUUUUAUAAGCAUGCUUCCACUUCUUGGAAGAAUAGUCUUUCAAUUCUCUUUCAAAGUUGAAUGCUAGUCAGUAUAGCAUUGAGAGUUCAUCUUUGUCAUGCACACCUAUGUUUGCUCCAUUAUUGUCUUUAAGCAAAAGGGUUGUUAUCUAA